CCGCCGCCAUUUUGUGCUUUGCGUAUACUGUGUGAUUUGUGCAUCGCGGAUUUUCGCCAUUUUCAGUGAUACGAGCGAAAAUUAUCAAGUUAUCCAGCAGAAUCUGUGAUAGUUAGUAAUACUAUUUAGUUUAAGCAUAUUUUCUUUUGUUAAUUAACUUCUUUUUCAAGUUUUCGUGUAUUCUACGUUACAAUGGGCAGGAAGAAGAAGAAGGCCUCCAAACCAUGGUGCUGGUAUUGCAAUCGGGAGUUCGACGACGAAAAGAUUCUCAUACAGCAUCAGAAAGCGAAGCAUUUCAAAUGUCACAUAUGUCACAAGAAGCUGUACACGGGGCCUGGACUGUCAAUACACUGUAUGCAGGUUCACAAAGAAGCCAUAGACAAAGUACCGAAUUCGUUACCAAAUAGGUCAAAUAUUGAAAUAGAAAUAUAUGGUAUGGAAGGUAUUCCACCAGAAGAUGUGAGGGAGCAUGAGAAGCAGAAAUCAGGUGGAGGCAAGGGUUCAGACAGCGAGGAUGAUGAACCUGCAGCAAAGAAAAAAGCCACUCCGGCAUUGCUGGGUCCUGGUCCAUCGACAGUAACUCCAGGGAUACUACCAACUCCAAUGGGCGCCGUUCCCCCUGGAAUGUAUCCAGGGCCCAUGCCUAUGAACCCUAUGAUGCCUCCAUUUAUGCAACAUAGGAUGAUGAUGCCUGGUAUGCGGCCUUUGUUCCCAGCGGCGAGUGUUCCUACGUCGACGCCAAGCAAACCUACCUUCCCUGCAUAUAGCAAUGCAACAAUAAGCGCGCCACCGACGACUUCGACCGCGGCUGGUAGCUCAGACCCUAAGGAGAACGGAGACUGCAAGCCUCCUGCGGCGAACACGUGUCCACUGGUCACCGCGACGGGCGCUGGCUCCAAGAUAAUACACCCUCCUGAAGACGUGUCCUUAGAGGAGAUCAGAGCGAGGAGCGCCAAGUACAGGCCUAAGCCGAAGCCAGACGCUCCGGCGGUACAGGCGCCCCCGACUCCUACUAUGAUCGCGCCCUCCACCAGCCAAGCCGAGUGGAGUGGUACACAACAGAGCGCAUGGUGUCAGGUGGCGGCGCACAUGUCAGCGGCGGUGGCGGCGGCGCGGCAGCAGGCGCUGCGGCGGCCGCUGCUGCAGCCGACGCUGCAGCCGGCCAUGCACUCCAUGCUGAUGCCGCCCGUGCGGGUGGGCGUGCCCGUGUCCGUGCCGCCCGUCAUGGGCAUGCUGCCCGUCAUGCCGCAGUUCAACCUCAUGCGCCCGCUGCAACCCGGCAUGCUGCUGCCGGGCGGCAUGAUGCCGAUGGGCGCCAUGUUCCCGGGCGGGCCCAUGUCCGUGAUGCAGCCGCGCUACCGGUAGCCGCCGCCGCCGCCGCCGGACCCGUCCCGCACUAACUCGCUGCUUACUGUUGACAGAGGCCGGCCCGGGCACCGGCGCUAGCAGCUAGCACGGUCCCGCCGGCCGAGAGCGAAGGUAGGCGCUCGAUCAUAGUACCAUUACAUUAUACGUCGCUUGACCGGUUGUGUGUCCGCUCUUUGCUAAACGCGGUGACGGGAUACUAACGCGACGCAAGGUAAGGCUCCUCACGGUCGACCGGACGAGACACGUACCGUUUGUAUGUUCAGUGGACUAUAUACUAGAGUAGGGUAAGGUAGCGUAGGGUGCACUGGGCCGGGGACAGGUGAGCACAUCGCCCCCGUGGGCUGGGCCGGCAGUUCCCUGCGACGGCCGCAGCCCGCAGGCGACUCGCACGUCACAACGUCUGUUGUUGGAUUGGCGGCCCCCUGUCCCCUAGCGAUUACUUCGAUUCCUUUACCGAGCUCUCACUAAAUCACAUAGAAUCCGCACUUCAGUAGCCGAUCCGUUCUAAAUAUUUGGUGAUAAGGAUGUGUGUAAGAAUUAUUAUGAAUUGUUAAUGUUAUCUGCCUUGGAAUUUUUCUUAAGCAUUUCCACAUAAAAGUUGUGACGUUUGCCUACUCUUGUAGAUUUUGACUAUUUUAUUGAAUAAAUGCUCUGGACUUUAAA